AUGUAUUCUCAACGGGUAUUCAAGCGUAGCUUGCUCUUUGAACAAUUUCGUGAUGGCACGAAGAAGGGCACGCUCAUAGGUGACGACUCGUAUCAGCACGAUUUCUUCCUGAUCACACCAUCGCAUAUCUUCAAACCGAGGAUGCCAGACGGCGAGCAAGUGAAUGCAUUAGGUAGAGCCCACAAAAUUGUGGUGACAGCAAUUAAGCAAUUGAAAAGGCAGUUUCCCGUACUGGAUGGAGUUAUCAGGUGA